CUUUGGGUGCAUCUGGGGACCGGUUUGCUAUUUCUAUUACUAUCAUUCAAAUACUUCUCCCAUUGCGUGUGGGAGCAAUGCGUUGAUGCGAUUCGUGCAACUUCCUCUUUAGGUAAUUGCCCUAUUCGGACAUUUCCCAAACUCGCGAAAAUCAACCCCGGCAAACCUGGUAGACCCACGCAAGGACGCUGGUAGGCAGGCGCACACAGCGACUCCCUCACCAAAAAUUGCGCUCACAACUUUUCACAGUCAGCGGACAACGCUCCAGUGAGAGAGCUUCGGGCCAGGACUAAAGGAGCCUAGAAGGAUUGGAAGUGAUGCCAGAGAGAGGACCGGAUCUAUGGUUAGAGACCAUCAAGAAGUGCGAGCACCUUCCUGAGGCCGACAUGAAGCUGCUCUGUGAGAUGGUUAAGGAGCUGUUGAUGGAGGAGUCCAACAUUCAGCCCGUGCAGAGCCCAGUGACGGUGUGUGGUGACAUACACGGCCAGUUCCACGACCUGCUGGAGCUGUUCAGAACCAGUGGUGGGCUGCCGGACUCUGUCAACUACGUGUUUUUGGGAGACUACGUUGAUAGGGGCUACUUCUCCCUGGAGACGUUUACGCUGCUGAUGUGCCUGAAGGUGAAGUACCCAUCCAGACUGACCCUUGUGAGAGGAAACCACGAGUCCAGACAGAUCACACAGGUGUAUGGGUUCUACGAGGAGUGCUUGACAAAGUAUGGCUCCACCACCGUGUGGAAGUACUGCUGCCAGGUGUUUGACUUUUUGACACUGGCUGCCAUCAUUGAUGGCCGUAUUCUAUGUGUCCAUGGCGGGCUAUCACCAGAGAUUCGCAUGCUUGACCAAAUCCGUGUUCUUUCCAGAGCACAGGAGGUUCCACACGAAGGUGGCUUCUGCGACUUGGUCUGGAGUGAUCCUGACGAGGUUGAAACAUGGCAAGUGAGUCCUCGUGGUGCCGGUUGGUUGUUUGGCUCACGAGUUGCGCGUGAGUUCAACCACGUGAACAACUUACAGCUCAUUGCCAGGGCCCACCAGCUCGUCAUGGAAGGCUUCAAGUACCACUUCAAGGAGAAGGACGUCGUGACCGUGUGGAGUGCGCCAAACUACUGCUAUAGAUGCGGUAAUGUUGCGAGUGUGAUGAAAGUUGAUGACGAUUUAGAACCAAAAUUCAAGAUCUUUAGUGCAGUCCCAGACGAUACAGAGAAGGCUGCUCCGCAGAAGACUCAGAGAAGUGAAUACUUUUUAUGAUUAUCAUGACAUGACAUGUUCUGUUUUAUGUUUUUUUCGUUUCAAUCCUUGUUGUUCUUUCCCUUUUUAAUACUCCGUUUAAUUAUCCAUGCCAUAUCUAUUACACGGGCUGUAUAAUAGCU